GGCGCGGGCACAUGCAGGGCGCUACGCGGCGGCGGCCGCACCCGGCGGCGGCCCCGGGCUCCCCGCAGCUCUCCGGGCCCCUCCACCCGGGCAGGCAUGGAGCUGUCAAGAGCGAAGACACCUUCAAGACUUCUCAAUUUCAUUUUGAUCUGUGGUUCUACUUUACUCUGCAGAACUGGGUGCUGGACUUCGGGCGUCCCAUUGCGAUGAUUAUUCUACCUUUGGAGUGGUUUCCGCUAAACAAACCAAGUGCUGGAGAUUAUUUCCACAUGGCUUACAAUGUUAUCACACCAUUUCUUCUGCUAAAGCUCAUUGAAAGAUCCCCUAAGACCUUACCAAGAUCAAUGGUGUACGUCAGCAUCAUCAUGUUUGUCAUGGGAGCAAGCAUCCACUUGGUUGGAGACUCAGUAAACCAUCGCUUGAUUUUCAGUGGCUACCAGCACCAUCUGUCUGUAAGAGAGAAUCCAAUCAUCAAAAACUUGAAGCCAGAGACACUGAUUGAUUCCUUCGAGCUGCUCUACUACUACGAUGAAUAUUUAGGUCAUUCAAUGUGGUACAUCCCUUUCUUUCUGAUACUGUUUAUAUAUUUCACUGGCUGCUUCACUCCUGUUGAAGAAGAGAGCAGGAUGCCAAUGGCUGCAUUGCUUCUAAUGGGGCCAAGCAGCCUUUAUUACUGGUAUCUCGUGACAGAGGGUCAGAUUUUCAUCCUCUACAUUUUCACUUUCUUUGCCAUGAUGGCUUUAGUGAUGCACCAGAAACGCAAAGGACUUGUCCUGGACAGCAAUGGGCUUUUUCUGUUCUACUCCUUCAUCAUAACAUUGGUCCUAAUUGCUGUUUGGGUGAUUUGGCUGUGGAAUGACAAAAUUCUCAGGAAGAAGUACCCUGGCGUGAUCUAUAUCCCCGAGCCAUGGGCGUUUUACACCCUCCACAUGAGCAACCUCCAUGCAGCAAAGGAAAGUUUAUAAGUUUUGAUAUUUUAGAGUGAUUUGAAGAAGAAAAAAAUCUAGUUUUUCUAAUGUAGACAUAUUUCAAAUAAAUUACUGACCAAUAUUAGCUGCAAGUCGUAUUGUAAGUUAACCAGGUCUAGCUAAGGAGGGGGUUGUUUGAACAAAAGGGAAAGAUAGUCACUGUGACUGUUAACUCUUUAAAAGCUGCCAGCGCAGCUUGGUUACCUCCCGUAGCUUCGUAGCAACCAUCCCUAGUUCGUGACUGCACAGUUCCAUCCCGGACCUUUUCGAGUGCGUAAAGGACAACACCAAUUCCCUUGCACGUGAGGGCAGAACCGCAGCAGAUCCACCCAGCGCUUGCGCGUGUCCCUCAGCUUUGCUCCGAGGUGGAAGGCAGCGGAGCGCCUGUCCCGCCGUUGUUCCUCCUUCACCCCCACCGGGGGAGCCACCGGGACCCAGCACCGGUGAAGACGGGCCGACAUCGCCCCAGGUGAGGCCAGGUGAGCCACGUCGUGCCCCGCCGGCACACACGCUCCCACCGCCGGCCGUGCACGGGGCGCCCGACUUCCCGGCGGCCACGACCCAAAGGGAGCAGCGAGCAGAGGGCCUGGCACCCGUCCGCCAUGGCUCUAGCGUGGUCGCGCUGCUGUUCUCUCCCGUGUCGCAGCUCACCAAGUCCCGAGCCCUCAGGUGAUGGAGCUGAGCUCCUAAAGCCCUUCAGUUAAGUCAGUGUCAUGGUCUGUGUCCGUAAAAAUUUGUAUUAAACUUUGUGUGACAGAACCCCAGUGUAAAAAAAAGAAAAAAGAAAAAAAAAUACCAGCAAGCUAUACAGAAUAAAGA